GGCAGACACAGGAGGAGGACGAGGAAGGGACGAGAGAGAAGGGACGCUCGCGCACGCAGCUCCCGCUCCUCUCUCCGGACACUGAUCCCCACUUUUCUGACUGUUGGGAGGGACUCUGAUCAACAGGCAGGAUGGCUCGGGAUAUGGCCGAGAAGGACAUCCUGAAAAUGGAGAUUGACCAGUUGAAGAAGGAAGUCAGCACGCCCAGGACAGCGAUCUCUGCUUCUGCCAAAGAGACGAUCGAAUGGGUGGAGGCCCAGUCUGGUGAAGAUCCCCUCAUGAAGGGUGUCCCUGAUGACAAAAACCCGUUCAAGGAGAAGGGUGGCUGUACUAUUACAUAGCACAGGCCCUGUCUAGAACAGGGCGAAGUCUGUCAAUAUCUCUUUUUGUAUUUCGGUUCCUUGGGACUAGUCAGUUUCGUCGUGGAUCCUAGGGUGAUUUCGGAUGUCCGCUGUUCAAAACAUGUACAUGUGUGUGUGGUGGAGAGGCUCUGUUAGAGUUCAGUCUGAUUUGUAUUACUGUGUCCCACGAUGUGACUGGUGUUUGUCUUUGUAAAAUAAAAGCCACUUAGCUAUG